CUCCACUCCAUAGACGCAGGCGGCGCUGAAAUCUUCCCAGCCACCCCUGCUGUCAGCGCUUAGCGGACGGCGGCAGCUCGCAGCUUGAGCCGAGAGAGAGAGAGAGAGAGAGAGCGGGAGACGGAGAGCGAGAAAGAUGGUUGGCAAUCUAUGCGGUCGCAAGCUGGCUCGCCGCUCCAAAUCAGCGCUGAUAGUAGCGCUGACAGUUCUCCUGGUUCAGACACUGAUCGUGUGGAACUUUAGUACCCUGGAUACCCGGGAAGAAGGGGCCAAUAGUAGCCGGGAGAAGAGGGACCAAGUCGGGGGCAUCAACAAAGCCUACAGCCAGUACCCCCGGAGCGGGCUGCCAAAGAGGCAUCACCAACCUCCGCUUGGGAAAGCGGCUGUUCGACACAAGCAACAACCCGAGGGCUACCACUCCCGGCGGCCCAAGGAAAAAGUCUUCCUGGAUAGUAACAACAACGAGAACUCGGUCCCCAAAGACUUUGACACCGUUGUCGACAGCAACAGCAACCUCGGGGCGCGUUCACAGUCUCAGCGCCUGCGACCGGCAGGAAACACAGCCAAGCACAAACCGGACAAGGCCCUAACGCAAGGCAUUCUGGGAAAGGCCUUGCCCAACGAGGUCAACGAGGUCAAUCAGCAGUACCCUCUUCCUCCACAGCAGCUCAAACCACACAGACCACACCCCACUAAACCUUCCCUCUCUCCCUCCAUCAAAACAUCCAAUCAGCAUCAGCGACAUCACCAACCCAGGAAGUCGGUGACUGCAGCUCCUGUGUUGGGGCAGCGGAGGGAGCAGCACCAGUGUGAGAUCAGUGGGAAGGAGGCCAUCUCGGCUCUGUCCAGAGCCAAGACCAGGGAGUGUCGUCAGCAGAUAGCUGAGGUGUACUGCAGACACAAGGAGAGGACACUGAUGCCUGAGACCAUUCCUCGAUACUGCACCCUAGAAGGUAAGGCCAAUGUGAACGUGCAGUGGGAUGAGGGCUUGGUGCAGACUGCCCCUGCUGUGCCUGUUCGCAUCGCCUUCGUCUUGGUGGUCCAUGGCAGAGCCUCUCGGCAGUUCCAACGCCUGUUCAAGGCCAUCUACCAUACCUCACACUACUAUUAUAUACAUGUAGACCAGCGUUCCAACUACCUCCACAGACAGGUGGGGUCGCUAGCGAGCAAGUACUCCAACGUGCGUGUUACUUCCUGGAGGAUGUCCACCAUUUGGGGCGGGGCGAGCCUGCUCACCAUGUACCUGCGUAGCAUGGAUGACCUUCUCAAGAUGGCCGACUGGAAUUGGGACUUCUUCAUCAACCUCAGCGCAGCCGACUACCCUAUCAGGACCAAUGAGCAGCUGGUGGGUUUCCUGACAAAGUACCGGGACAUGAACUUCAUCAAAUCCCACGGCAGAGACAACACACGGUUCAUCCGUAAGCAGGGUCUGGACCGGCUCUUCUUCGAGUGUGACACACACAUGUGGCGCCUAGGCGACCGCAAGAUCCCAGAAGGCAUUGCGGUGGACGGAGGUUCCGAUUGGUUCCUUCUGAACCGCAUGUUUGUGGAUUACAUCAUCAACUCUCAGGAUGAGCUGGUCGUCAGCAUGAAGCGCUUCUACGCAUACACACUGCUGCCUGCCGAGUCGUUCUUCCACACAGUACUAGAGAACAGUGCUUUCUGUAAGAGUAUGGUGGACAACAACCUGCGUAUCACCAACUGGAACAGGAAGCUUGGCUGUAAGUGUCAGUACAAACACAUCGUCGACUGGUGCGGCUGCUCCCCCAACAACUUCAAACCUCCAGACCUGCCACGCUUUCAGCAAACGUCCAGGCCUACGUUUUUCGCCCGUAAGUUUGAGGCUAGCGUGAACCAGGAGAUUGUUACCCAGCUGGACAGCUUCCUAUUUGGCCCUUAUCCGCAGGACACCCCAGGGCUCCAGUCGUACUGGGAGAACGUGUAUGAUGAGACGGACAGCGUAGUCAGCCUAUCAGACAGCCAGCUCACUCACUACCACGCCUUCACACGCAUGGGCCUAUCACGGGCCUCCAUGUCACUGCAGGGCCACGCCGACGACGACAGCUGCAGGUAUAUCUCCAGGGGCCACCCGGUGUCUGUCCACCUGUACUUCCUGUCAGACGUGUUCCAAGGCUACCUGGUUCGUCAAUACGCUAGUAACCUAGCAACCAGCCAGAUAGAGACCCUAGAGACUUGGGUCACCCAUAGCAACCACUUCACCCUGGCCCUGACAACGAAAACACUCAACAGACUACAGUUUGCAGAGGUGGGUACAGACUGGGACGCCAAAGAGAGAAUCUUCAGGAACUUCGGAAGCCUCCUGGGCCCCAUGGAGGAGCCUGUUGCCAUGCAACGCUGGGGCCGGGGGCAGAACGUCACGGUAACCGUCGUCUGGGUGGACCCCACCAACGUCAUAGCCGCCACGUACGACAUCCUGGUGGACGGCGGGGCAGAAUACACACACUACCGGCCCCCGUUAACCCUCCCGUUACGACCUGGUGUGUGGACGCUACGCGUUCUGCAUCACUGGAACCUACUAGCCUCCACCAGCUUUGUGGUUUCACCCCUGGAGUACCACGACCAGCAACCUAUACGCCAGGAAGACACAGUGAAGUUCCACAACGGCCCGGUCCAUAACUCCUACAUGGAGCAGAGUUUCCACGGCCUCAACCCCAUCCUCAACCUCCCCGUGCACCUAGGACAGGUGGAGGAGGCGGAGUUUAACGCAUCACUGACGGGGGCGGAGCUCCAGAGCUGGGUGGACCGUCUCCUGGCGGGGGUGUGGUCUGCGGCAGACGUGUGUUCUCAGGGUCCUAGCUCGUGUCCCGUUAUGCAGCGGUGUCGGGAGACGGGAUGGAGCGCGCUCAGUCCCGACCUCAAGUCUGAUCUGGGCCCGCCCCGAGGGAACGGACGGAUUAGGUAGCACCGUCGCCACGGCUACUGCUGCAGCCACUCAAUGGCUUGGAGGAUGAACUGACAGGAAACGUUUUUGUGUGUUGUGCACCAUAGCUAUCGUUAGAUGGUCUGCUGUGUCCCAAAUUGCUCCCCCCUAUAUACUGAGUGUACAAAACAUUAAGAACACCUGUU